AUGGGCGAUCAAAAGAAUCUCCACUUUGAAACCCUCCAACUUCACGCUGGACAUGAACCGGAUUCAGUAACCAAUUCUCGCGCGGUCCCCAUCUACGCGACGACAUCAUACACCUUCAAUGACUCCGCCCACGGCGCGAGGCUCUUCGGCCUCAAGGAGUUUGGAAACAUCUACAGCCGGAUCAUGAAUCCCACUGUCGAUGUCUUCGAGAAGCGCAUCGCUGCCCUAGAAGGUGGUGUUGCUGCCGUGGCAGCGGCCUCAGGCCAGUCCGCCCAGUUCAUGGCUAUCACCGCUCUGGCCCACGCUGGUGAUAACAUCGUCUCGACCAGCAACCUCUACGGUGGCACCUAUAACCAGUUCAAAGUCCUGUUCCCACGGCUGGGCAUCACCACAAAAUUUGUCAACGGUGAUGCCCCGGCUGACAUUGCGGCUGCCAUCGACGACCGAACCAAAGCCGUCUACGUCGAGACGAUUGGCAAUCCUCGUUACAACGUACCUGAUUUUGAGGCCAUUGCCAAGGUGGCCCAUGACAAAGGGUUACCUCUUGUGGUCGACAACACUUUUGGAGCUGGCGGUUAUUUCGCACGUCCAAUUGACCAUGGGGCCGACAUCGUCGUGCACAGUGCCACCAAAUGGAUUGGCGGUCACGGCACCACCAUCGGUGGCGUCGUGAUUGACAGCGGCAAAUUCGACUGGGGGAAGCAUGGUGCCCGCUUCCCGCAGUUCGUUGAGCCGUCGGAAGGAUACCAUGGACUGAAGUUCUGGGAGACCUUUGGCUCCAUUGCAUACGCGAUUCGAGUGCGCGUGGAGAUUCUCCGUGACGUCGGUGCGGCGCUGAAUCCGUUCGCAGCGCAACAAUUGCUCUUAGGCCUGGAGACGCUGAGUCUGCGGUGCGAGCGGCAUGCGAGCAAUGCGCUUGCGCUGGCUCAAUGGUUGCAGAAGAACGAGCACGUCAGUUGGGUCUCAUACCCGGGUCUUGAGGACCAUCCGUCACAUGCGACGGCGAAGAAAUACCUGACGCGUGGCUUUGGCGGCGUCCUCUCAGUGGGCAUCAAAGGAGGAGCUGCAGCAGGGAGCCAGGUGGUUGAUGGCUUCAAGUUGAUCUCGAAUCUUGCCAAUGUUGGCGACUCCAAGACCUUGGCCAUUCAUCCAUGGACUACCACCCAUGAGCAACUUACGGACCAGGAACGAGCAGACUCUGGAGUCACGGAGGAUGCGAUACGGAUCUCCGUAGGCACUGAGCAUAUUGAAGACAUUAUUGCCGAUUUCGAGCAGUCAUUCCGCGCCUCUAAAGCUGCUGUACCAGACCGUACAGCUUAG